AUGGUAUCGCCGGUGGAUCGUACAAGCAGGGAUGAGGCUGUAAUGAAAGCUUUUGGCAAAGGGGAGCAUGAAACUUCACAUUCCCAAGAUGCAUGGCCAGAUUGGGAUAUUGGUACAAAUCAGGACGAGUAUGCAGAGCAGAGGCAAAUCCCAGAGGGUUGUUAUAAUCCGAGGGCUCCAAAGUUUUGGAGAAGAGAGGAUGGCUACAUUUGUCAAGUUGAGAAAAGUACAGGUUCUCCCUCUUUAGUAAAUCCUUUACUUAAUGAAGAACAAUUGGGAGGUGAAGAGCAAGAAUAUCAUAUCCAAGAACCUGAAGAAUCUAUGAUGAACUCCUCUGUAAGACGCAAAUCUGUCCGCAAGUUUAAUGGGAAGAAAUUUACUAUGCAAGUGAUAAGGAAGAAUGUGGAGGAUUUGAGUGAGGUUAGGGUGGAAUGA